GCAGGUACCUCGUUCGACAUCGACGCGGUGGGCACGAGAUUGUCAUCACCAUCAGCAAACCGUUCGACGGCCAUGAAAGUCUACGCCAUCAAGGGGAACGACGGCGAGCCCGGCUACUUGAAACAGAGCAUGAAGCUGCCGAAGAGCUGGGCGGCGAAGCCGCUGCUCGAGGUCCUGGAGCUCUUCUGCGCGACGUACAACAAGAAGUUCCCGGAUUCUCCAAUCAGCAAGGACGACCACCACUUCGAGCGGCCCAGGGGUUCGACGCUGUUUCCGGACGACCAGGUCGGCGCGGCAUUGACGGACUAUUGCGACGUCUGGGUCGUGCCCGGCGCGGUCAAGUACAAGGGCCCGCCGCCGGGCACCGCGGCGGCGCUCGAGGCCGAGGAAAACCGAUUGCGAGCCGAGGCCGAGGCCGAGGCCGCCCGUCGGACCGCGGAGGAAGAGGCGAAGCUCGCGGCGGAGGGCAAGCUCAAGGACCAGUGGCGCGUCAAGGUCAAAUGCGUCGAGCUGGAUCGAGGCGGCAUGGACGUGAAAUCGCAGUACAAGGUCGGGGAUGCGGUGCAGGUGACGAUCGAGCCGCACGCCACGGUCGGCAUGCUGUCGAACCGCAUCGGGCUGAUCGUGGGGAGCCACCCGAAGCAUCAAUUUAUCUACCACCCGCGCGAUCCGGAGGCCGUAUUGGAUCCCCUCGCGAAGCUCAAGGACGUCAUGAGCGAGAAGGUCGUACUACUGUUGCACAUCCGGAUGCCGGACACGCGGAAAGUCAUCGAGGAGCUUUCGGACGACGAGGGCGUCGUCGGCGAGGAGGGGCCCUUCCCGGACGCGCCGGUCGAAGGGGAGUGCGUCGACGUGGCGAAGCGGGACAAGCUGAUGGAGGAGUGCGCGACCAACCCCACGCUGGAAAACCUGUCGGCCUGCCUGGCCUGCGGCGGCGCGGCCGCCUCGACGCUGUGCAAGCGCGCGCAGCUCCUCCUGAAGGCGCAGCGGCCGCGGGCCGCCGCGCUGGACGCGUCGGCGGCGCUCGCGCUGAACCCGGACUCGGCGCGCGCCUACAAGAUCCGGGGGCGCGCGCGGCGCCUCGCGGGCGACUACGAGGGCGCCGCGGCCGACUUCGGCCAGGCCCAGCGCAUCGACUUCGACCCCGACGUGCGGCCGGACCUCGUCUACUGCUCGACGCGGUCGGCGAAGAUCCGGGCGAUCAAGCUCGCCGAGGAGCACAACGCUGCGCUCGACGCGGCGAAGGCCGAAGGCGAGGCGCAGUAGCCGCCGGCGGCGGGUAAGCUCUAUCUUGUAUCUACCGAGUCGCUCAACAAGACACGUUAAGGCGGGAGGGUGGGGGAGCUGCGAAUUUCUCGGCUCGAAGGAGAGCUCGCA